AGAAGGAGCAGUAAUAAAACGGGGCACAAAAACGCCAGAGGAUUAUAUUUUAGAAGCGUCAAAGUACGCUCUUUUUACGAGGCCGGUUCCAAUACCGGCAUCGAUAUAUAUAAGUUUAGGCAGAAGAUGGCCAAUACUCUUUCCGUCAUGACAAACGUAUUGAGAAAUGUGGUCAGCAAACAGCGAAUUCGCUACAAGGAGAAUGGUUUUAACUUGGAUUUGGCAUAUGUUUGUGAUAAUAUUAUUGCAAUGGGAUAUCCUGCCGAAAAGUACGAAAGUAUGUACCGAAACCGAUUGGAAGAUGUUCAAAAGUUUCUAGAGGAAAAUCACAAGGAUCAUUAUAAAAUUUACAAUCUAUGUCUGGAACGUAGCUAUGAUAUUAGCAAAUUUCAUGGGCGAGUUUCAGUUUAUCCGUUUGAGGACCACAACCCACCUACAAUAGAAUUGAUACAACAAUUUUGUGAAGAUGUUGAUUCUUGGCUAAAAGCAGAUCCCCAAAAUGUUGCAGCUGUGCAUUGUAAAGCCGGCAAAGGUCGUACAGGAACAAUGAUCUGCUGUUAUUUACUCUAUAGUGGACAACAACGUACCGCAGAAGAUGCUUUGGCCUGCUAUGAUGAAAAACGAACAAAGGAUCGUAAAGGAGUUACGAUACCAUCGCAGCGACGUUAUGUUCAGUAUUUCUCCAAACUGAUACGUAUGGGUUUAUCAUAUAGUCGCCGUUCACUGCAAUUCUGCGAAAUACGAUUUUCGGGGGCCAAUGCAUUACACAGUCAAGGCUCUGUACAUUGCUCAAUUUCUGUGUUAGAAGAUAAAGUUAAGCCACUGCAAAAUUUUAUCAUAGAUUUUCGUAAACAGAGUGUACUGGAUGUAAAAUUGACAGUUUCUGGCGAUAUAAAAGUCGAACUAACGAAAAACACCAAAAAAAUAUUUCAUUUCUGGUUCAAUACGUUCUUUGUAACAGAUACUGCGGUUAUUGAAGGAGAGGGCAACGAUGCAAAAUACAUAUACACUCUAAACAAAUCGGAAAUAGAUGAUGCGCACAAGGAUAAAGAGCAUAAGUGUUUUUCGGAAGAUUUCAAGGUGGUAUUGGUAUUUUAUGUUGAUGGAAAUAAUGUUGUACGGGAGUGUGAAAACGCUUCCGGAGGCCAGACCAUUGCAAAUCAUCGCCAAAGUGGGCUGGCAAAUUCUAGUUUGCCGACAAUACAAUCCAAUAAUUACUCAUUGCCCCAGAAUAACAGCAGCGGCAGUGAAAUUAACUUUAUAUGUGAUCAGAAAUCAUCAUCCUCCACAUCGGUGAGCAGUAGUUUUGGUGGUGCCACAACCGACAAUAGCAACGGUUAUGAAUCUAAUUCAAAGCGGAGUACCCAACAUAGAAGCGGUGGGCAAAAUGUUAGUAAUAUUCACCAUUCUCAUCCUUAUAUGGCUAUGCACGAUGACAACAGCGUGUUGUACACUUCGUCACAACCUGUGGUAACAACAAUUGCGGCACCGCCCGGAUAUAUGAUGGAACAUGAACGACUACUGACAAAAAACCAGCAAUGUAUACAGAAAAAUAAUAUGCACCACCUCCAGCAAGCGAAUUUGCCUUCUGUGACUGCCACUUCGACGCCCAACCAGAGGCAUAUACAAAGACAAAAUGCUGGGGCCGUAGCUGGCAGUAAUGCCGACGGUGGUGGGAUACUGGAUAUCCAUAGGGCUGGUGCGGAUAUAUUAUGUCAAACGUCCGCCAACCUAAAUGCCAGUGGCAUCAGUGGUAACACCAAUUAUAACCACAGUACCCAUAACAGUAGUAAAACCAGUAGUGUCAGCAGUCAAUCGUCUUCUGUCAUCGGUGAUAAUGAAGAGGACUGGGAAUCCGGUGAGUCCAGUGCUAAACAGCUUGAACACAUUACUUUAUUACUUUCUACUUCUUCUGUAACAUCUUCUCCUGCUCCAAAACAAUUACUUCCAAAUAACAAUACAAACACCAACUUAUCCCUCAAUGAUUCCUCGAGAAGUAAGCAAAAGAUUAACAUUGGCCUUCAGCCCUCUUCCUCCACUUCCUCCUCAUCCUCUACGUCUGCCUCUAGUUCCACCUGUACCUCUGCAUCCCACACAUCUAUCUCCUCCAAGUCCUCUUCCAAAUGCCCUUAUAACAACUGUAACACUAGCAGUAGUAGUUGUACAAAUAGAGUUGCUGGUGGUGAUGAUGAUGAUGAUCAUAAUGAUAAUGAAAACGUCGAUGAAAGCAAACCUAAAUAUAAGAUAUCUGACUCGAACAUUGUGGCCACACAAGAGCAACAGCACCAAAUACAAGGCAACGUAGGAUUAUCUCUUGAGUCAAAAGUUAGGGACGGGCAAAAAAUAGACCCUCCACCGAAGCUUGAUUGUAGUGAUCCGAAUAGCAGAGCAGUGGCAUCAACGACGCCAGUGCAAACACCUAGUACUCGACCCAAGCUAAUGCAUCUAUUGAUGCCUCCCAAAAACAUCAACAAUUCACAUCAAUCUAUGCACAAACCAAUUUUCAAGCGUAAAUCUUCUUACAAAAUGACUAAGGGUGUGCCCAACGCCGCCACCACUGGUCCGAAAGCAACGAAUGAUGGUUGCACGAAUUCCAGUGGCGACACAACGUCAUUCGAAUCAUCUUCUGCAACACCGGACACCGCGGUGGGCAGUAUAGGAGGUGUAGCCACUACGUCGAAGCAAAAAUUAAAAAUCAAGCUUAAAAAAAACAAAAUGAAACUGUCGCAAAAGUUCCAAUGGUUCCAAAGCUAUUUCCGUAGUGAUCCUGUAGAUUUCUGUGAAAACUUUGUGCAACAGACCACUUCAAUACGGCGCAACAGUAUCUGCAGUAUGGCUAGUCGAACGCAUAAAUUGUCGACAACGACACCACCGUCGAUUACUCCGCCGCCACCACCGCUGACUGGGGCGAACAUUGACGGCUCUUCGUCAUGUGAACAGUUAAAUGACAGAGGCCCCGGUAGUGUUUCAGGGUCAACAUCGAACGCAAGUAUAGCUACUGGCGAUCUUUGUGAAGACUACUAUUCACAUAUUUGCGACAAUCAAUUAAGCUUUAGCAACUCGCCGUGUAAAAGUCCCCGUUCAAUGGCGGACAUUGUUGGUAGUAUUAGCGGUAGUGGUGGGCAUGGGGGAAGUUUCGGUAGCAGUUUUGCCAAAAGCGCAGGCAGUUUUCAUCAGCAAUACUUCCGGGAACGGCGUGAAACUCUGCCGGGCCUCAGUUCUCAUAGUGCUCGUCGCAAUAAUGUAGUCAUAGUUGCCGCCAAGCCCGUAAGAACGAACGCUAUUGGUUUCAACAUACAUACCGCCACGAAUUUCGAGCAGCAAUCGCAAUCGGUGAGGCAGGACUCCGAAGAUGCCAAUGCAUCACCGGCCAGUAUAUAUAACACUGCUAGUUGCUCACCUCCAAAAAUUGAUGCAGUUGGUGGCGAGAAAGAAAUCAAAGACACACCUUUUGUAUUUCCUGUACGUGACCCCAAUACGGCGCCAGAAGAUUCUAGUUGUAACAGCCAGCCUAAAGAAUCACCGACGAAGCCUCAAACAAAGUAUUCUCUUAAUUUGGUUAUUGUCAACGAAUGUCCUUCUGAUGAUUUUGCUACUGCCCCAACUGGCACCACUACAUCGAACACAACUCGAAGCAGCGAGAUAUAUAAUGAUCCAGACUCCGAUUAUGGUUGUGAUCAAGAUCAAAACGAGUCCUCCACCAUCAUGCAUACUUCAAAUGAGGGUGAAAUUAUGGCGACGGAUGCGACAUCAACGGCCAUAGAUUAUUUGUUUGAAACAAAACCCACAGCAACUACUUGCGCAUCCAUAUGUAGCAACAGCAGCAGCAGUGGUUUUUGUACAAGCGAAUGUUGUACUACAAACAGUAGUAGCAGUAGCUGUAACUGUAAUCCCUUUGCUUUAGUUCUAGAAAGGCAUGUUGCAUUAGCUGCCCGUCAGAAGCAGGAGGACAUAAUACUUGAAGUUGAUGUGGAUGGUAAUAGUACCUCAACACCGCUGAACACUUCGAUGCCUGCACCCUCGACUAGGGAAGAGGCUUCCGAUACAACGUCGUCAGAGUCAAAUGAGCAUAAAUGUGAUUAA